AGAAUUUGUAAGUUUAUGUUAAAUUUUGUUACUUUUUUAUUUCAUUUUGCAGAAAAUAUAACAAUAGUUGGCCGCCCGGAUUUUGUGAACAACAAUUUCAAAAUAGCACUGUAUGCAAAAGAGACACAAAGAUAUCUGUGUUUCAACGAUCAUUGGAAACUAGUUGGAAUGAAAGAACUCCAAGAUACCUGCUAUUUCAACGAAGCAAUUGUUCACGGUUAUUUCGUGUUCCGGUCUGUAGUCGAUCUGCAGCGACGCAUCGGUUUCACGCAAAGAGGUAGAGCCGUUGGUCCUAAGAAAAUUGUUAACGAUGCGUGUUAUAUGUUCACCAAAAUACCAACCGAUCAAUUUUUCCAUCAACACACUCACUUUUCAGCACCCAAAACGAAAAGCACCACAACAAAAAUACCAAAAACAGAAUAUACACACCCUACGCCCUACACCAACCAUGCGGGGAGAGGCAGUGGUGGAGGGGGGCGAACAAAAACGAAUCGCUUUAAGAAUCCUCAACGUCAAGAUGACUCUGUUACGCAUAAUCACAGCGGUAAUGGCCACGGCAGCGGUGGUGGCAGUGGUGGCGGUAGCGGUAACGGCAACAAAAAGUUUAAGAAACAGCGUAACGGCCAUAAACAACGGCAACAGAAACAGGAGAUGCAGCAGCAACAGCAACAAAUUCGAGGCCAUAGCUACAAUUUAAGCAACCCAAAAAAUAGCACUUACCUAAAUAGUUCUAGGCAAAAUUUAGUCUUAAGUCAGCAUAGUAUAAACAACCACACAAACAAAAAACAUAAUAAUAAUAACAACAGCAACAAUAACAACCACCCGCCUCAAAACCAUCAGGUCCGACAUCAUCACAAUGAUCCUAACAAGGUGGCCAGAAGGCAACAGCAUGACCAAAAGCAAAAAACUAAAUUGCGUCAACGUGUUCGACCUAGUCCUUCUGCUUCCGCUGCGGUUACCUCAGCGGUGGCAUCAACAUCUACAACAACAACUUCACUAACAACAGCAAAAGCAAUAAAUUUCUCAAAACCUCAUCCUUCUAUGAGCUCUAGUUACUCAGAUAUAAAUCCCACUAGUGUGAUUCCACUUUCUAUAUCUACAGAUGCCACAUCUGAUAGUCGUAAUACAAUGUCAUCAACCGUAGUGGUGGCGAAGCGCAAAGGCCGAAGAAGAAAGGUCGAUAAGGUACACAAAAAAAGCUUACAAAAGAAAUUAGAGCUGGAGCGAGAACAUUCUACAGAACAAACCGAUAGAGAGCAUAUAAGCAGUUCAUCGAUGGGCCAGUCCUACGACGAAGAGGAGGAGAUUUUAACCAGCUCAACCGAUUAUGCUUGGAUGACUAAUGAUAUUAUGUUGUCAUCGGUAAAGCCCACAUCGGCCAGCUUACCAACGUGGGAAACCUGGUAUCCCUCUUCCUCGACCUCGUACACUGAUGAGGAUUCAGAUUAUUCCUUGGGCUCUUCAGCUACAGCCUCUACAAUCACCGAAACGAACAUCGAUAGGCGGUUCUUCACAACUCUGGAAUCAUCCUCAAUGACGACUGAUUUAGAUAAAAACAAUUUAUCUUCGCAGACAUCCGUACCGCAUCCAACAUCAGGGUUUACAAGUACUUUAACGGAGAACAGCAUCGAUGAAACUAUAUCACCCACGGUAACUACAGACUUAGGAACGACAACAACAAAUACCUCAACCUACACUCAAACUGAUUUUUGGUCUACCAGCCUAAACGACAAUACGGAUGCGGAUACGGUAGUCGAUGGCUUUCCUAGGGAGACAUUUAACACCUAUGCCACCCCCAAACUAGAGAAUACUCAGAAUACACUAAACACGAAUGAGGAUGAUGAGGCCAUCUGGGAAGACACAAAUACAGCAUUAAGCACACAACACAGUAAAGAUGAUUUAGAAAAUUCUACGGCUGCCAUAACCCUCUGGACAGUAGAAGAUGACAACGUUGAAGAUGAGGAGAUUAGCUCACCUUCUACAGAUCGAACUACCGAUGAAAUAAGUGGCACAACAUGGACAGAUAGUUCUACUAGAGAAAUGACUUCAAGCUGGGAAUAUGAUAAAGCUAGCGAGGCAGCAACAUCCACUACAACAUCAACAACAUAUACAAAUGAUUGUGCCUACAGCACUGCUUCCACACACAACGGAAGUAAAACGAUGACUGAUUGCAUGUUUGCAACGAAAACUACAGCACCCAUUGCCAAUAAUAACCACAAACUAGGUGAAACCUCCCCAACACAAAAUUAUAAAGUUUCCAAAAUGGAAACGGCAAACAAAGUGACAACUAGCAGCACUACGUUAAACUCAAUACCCAUAAGAAGUGAUAAAACCACAAGUUUGCCUGAAACUACAUCAACCACAAUACAAACACAACCAUCAUUAUUGGAACCUUCAUCGGUAUCAACAUUCAAACUUGAACAUCCUGUAGAGAAAAGCGUCACCAGGGAAUCCCCCGAAAGCAACACAGCAGUUAUAACAUCAGCAACAACAGCUUUUAGCUCGACUAUACAUUCGACUAAAGCGCCAGCACCAGCUGCGCCUUUAAGCACUCGAAAAACAUUGCGCAAAUCAACACAAAGACUGCUGGCCACACCAUUUCAUCAACUAACCUAUGUGCGCAACGAAGCCGGUGAUAUCGAUAUCGAUAGCAUCGAUAACAUUAGCAUAUAUCCUGAACUGCUCGAUAACGACAACGACGAGCCGCUAGUGAAACCCAGUACUAGUCGUUUAACCAUGAUCAGUGGUUAUUUGCCAACCUCAGCCACUGCAACUUUACCCGAAUCGAUACGUAUUGCUAAAAUUAAAAUUAAUCGUGAACGUAAGCGCAUGUUACGUCUACGCAAUGUUGGUAAUUAUGCGUAGCGCUCAAUUGUUAAACUAAUCGAUUCUCAUUUCAUACAAUUCUAAGUCGAAAACUUAAACAACCCCAUUAACAUGUUCGAAAUCGAAAUUUCAGUUAAGUGAGUAAAGUGACAAUUAUUAAGCGACAAGUAAGAGGUUGAUUUGGUUAUUUCUAAGGGACUGCUGCAUCAGAAUAGGGUUAGAGCUAUAAUUGUUUAUUAGCAAGACAUUCAAUCAUUUAUUGUGAGUUGAACACUUUGAUAAGAAUUUGAGGUAUUUACCUGAUGGAAUAUUUCAAGCCAUGACAAUAACAGCAUACAUACACACAUACAGAAACAGUUACAAACAAAUACACAUAAACACACACACACAGCCACAGAUACAUGAAUACAUACAUGGGCAUAAUUAUAAUGCGUAACUUUGCAACGAUCUAUAAAAGUUCAUUUUUUUAUUGUUCAAAUGAUGAAACAAUUAAUUAAAUUAAAUUAAAUAAUUAUCGAAUAAGUACUAUGGGAAUUUUUUUAUAUAUAACCAAAUAAUGAAAAAAAAACAAUUCGCACACCAAACACCACUUCCAGUUGUUACAUUUUUUAUGAGAAUUUAGUGAAAAAAUAAUAAUAAUAAUAAUAAAAUAAUAAUAAACAAGAAAUAAUAAACAAAAUAAAUUCGUUUAAUCAAAUAUACAACAAUUAAAGCGAGAGGAAAAAAGCAAACAAAAUCAAAUAAACGUUUAUUCAAAGUUAUAAAAUACAAAUAAUUUAUUAAAUAAAUUCCUAUUAAUCAGAUUAGAAUACAACAAUUAUUCUUAAGUAAAAACAACAACAAAUGCUAAAAACAAAAAAAAACUAAAAAGGUAAAUAGUAGAAAAUAUAAAAAUUUAGAAUUUCAUUUAGUUAUUUAUUAUUACUAAUUAGAAAGAGAGAGCGAGAGAGAUAGAAAAAAAUAUAUUAAAAAAAUAUAAUGAAAAGCAAAAAACACCAAAACUAUUUUAAGCUACUCAUUCAAUCAUGCCAUCACUCAUUUUUAUUAAGUGAUCAUUUUGUAUUUCAAUUACUGCGAAUUCGAUAUUUUUUUGUUUUUAUUUCGUUUCUUAUUUUUUUUAAAUUAAUACACAGAAACAUAAAUACAUACAUAUGUAGAUAUAUACAUCUACAUUAACAUACAUACAUACACUUGCUACUUAUUAAAACAGUUGAGAGCAACCAAUUACAAAUGUUUAAACUUUUGUGAAGAUUCAGAAGUUUCAACUGGUUCACCAUUUACUGUCAAUGAACAGGACAUUUUCUUACAAAUAGAAUAUUUUACACUAAAAAGCUUUCUUAAGUUUUUUCUCUGGCAAAAAUAAAAAACAGGGUUAUGAAACUUCAAAAAGCUUUUUAAAAUAAAAAAGCUUAAAUUAACCAACAACCUAAUUACAAAGCUUUUAAAUAGCCACAACAAUGUUUGAGUUCAGCUUUUGUGAAAAGUUUUCUUGUUUUAUCAAAAGCUUUCCUGAGUUUUUUCUCUAUUAAAAGUAAAAACAAAGAGAUAAAACUUAAAAAAGCUUUUA